ACUUUUCGAAAAUAAAAUGAAAAUUUGAAUUUGGAAUUUAAAACCAGAUAUUGCGAUGUUAGGUAGAUUGAAGUUUCUUACUGCAACAUUGCAAAUCUACACACUGUACAGUGUACACAGAGAGCACAAGUCGUAAACUUUAUGUACUGAUCUAAGCAAUAUAUAAAUAAGUAGAUGGAUGCUACAAGCUUUUCUUAUGAAGAAAUUAAUCAACCAUACUACUUUGAGUCUGACCACCUUGCACUUAAAGAAAAUUCUGACUAUCGAAAUUUGCUUCACACUAUUGCUAUAUUGGAAGCUCAGAGACAGCAAGCAGCACAGGAUAUAGAAACUCUUUACAAGGCCCAAGAUGAGGCCUUGGUAGAUCCCUUGACAUUUGUCAAAAACCUCCAGAAUGGGAAAGAUUUGUGUUUACCCAAACCUCAAAAGGUUUCUCCACUCCCAGAUAUUCAAUGGGACAAGUACACAACUAGUGCUAACUUCACUUCAUUUGGUACUUCUCGUCACAUGACCAGAAAUAAAAAAAAUGCACCAGACCAAGGAGAUCAGGUGCAGAGUUUAAAAUCAAAACUGGCUUUGGGCUUAAGUUCAUCAGCAUCAUCUUUAAAUGCUGAGCGCUCUGGAUCAGACAGUGAAGUAGUUGUUGUGAGAGGUCGGCAGCGUGAUAGCACCAAACCUGCCACCUUUAAUAAAUUAUGGACAGAUGAGGAACAACAAAGGCUAGAGAGUUUACUAAUUCAGUUUCCACCAGAAGAAAUAGAAUCUCGGCGGUGGGCUAAAAUAGCUGAUGCUUUGGGUAAUAGAACUCCAAUACAAGUAGCCAGCAGAGUACAAAAGUAUUUUUUAAAAUUGGCAAAGGAAGGAUUGCCUGUUCCUGGGCGAAUGCCUAACGUUACAGCAUACUCUAAAAGGGGUUCCCAUCGCCAUCAUCGUUACAGCCGCAUGUAUGGUUCCUGUUCUACAUUUUUAAAAUCUCACGUUCCACCUGUGUGGAUGAAAGAGGAUGGGGAAGAUCCAGGAGCACCUAUUCAAAGCUUUUUGGAGAAUGCUGGGACAUCAGAGACAAAUAGUCAAAAAGGCGACUCUUCUGAUGAAGAUAAUUAUCCUGAAGAAGUUCUGAACAGUGCAGAAUACAAAGAACUACAACAGCUGAGAAGACUCAGAAAAGAAAAAAUAGCCCAAGAGCAGUCUGUAGUUGCUAGACACAUUGGUUUUAAGUGUGAUAACUGUGGAUGUGAACCUAUUGUUGGCACAAGAUGGCAUUGUAUCGACUGUCCUCCAAAUUUAUCUUUUGAUUUUUGUGAUGAUUGUAGUGUUGUAACAUUUCAACAGGAUAAUCAUGAUUCCAGUCAUCGCCUGCAACCAUUUAAACAUGCUGUUUUGGAUUCAGACUAUAUGAGUUAUACUAAAACUGAUUAUAACUACUUGGAUCCAAAUUAUAUGCCAGCUAGUUAAUGUAGCUGAUUGUGAAAUAUUUUUUCAUGUUUUAUGUUCAUUGAAAAUAUUUGUGAAGAAUUAAAUAGUGAAAUCUGAAAAGUUUGCAACUCCUUUUGUUUUAGAAUCUAAUUUGAUAAGAAUUAGAACAAAAUUUGCAAAAAAAUUAAUACUAGAUACCUUUUGAUAUGUAGUGCUAGGCUAAACUUCAACAGAGCUG